CAACGCCGAGAUCAAAAGAUGCACAUACUUUGGUCGCAUAAAGGGGUGCACUCUAAUCAAGCGCAUCGGUUGCUUACCUCGCCGCCUGCUCCCGCACAAUCCCCGACGUCGCGCGCGCCGGCGACCCGCUAUCGCUCGGUCGCAGGCGGCAGUGCCGAGCUAGCUACGACGGCGAAUGCACGCUCAAUUUCGCUCCCGCCUAUCCGCUAAUACCCCAUAUUAUAUUUUAUUAGUUCGCGAAUUUCUUCUAGUAUCUGUUCUUAUUUCUUUACUCGUGUCUACUUCUUCUCAAGAAAGCAAUGGAGGACGGUGCCGGUGGUAAAGGAAACGCGGCUGAUGGAGAGCAACGCGAUAUUUGGCGUGUUGGAGUGAGAAUACCGCCAUUUUAUCCAGAAGAUCCGGAAUUGUGGUUUAAUCAGAUAGAAGCGCAGUUUGUAUUGUCAAAUAUAACCAGUGACACGACGAAAUUUUAUUAUGCCGUUACACAGCUAGAACCUACGUACGUUUCGCACGUUAAAGAUGUACUAAGGGCACCUCCUGCGACCGGCAAAUUCGAAAAACUCAAAAACGAGCUUGUUAAGCGGCUUAGUGCGUCGAAAGAGAAGAAGCUACAGCAGCUGUUCCUGAACGAGGAUAUUGGUGACCGUAAGCCAUCACAUUUCUUAAGACAUUUAAGGAACCUAGCCGGUCCAACAGUUUCGGAUGACGUUUUAAUGACCUUAUGGACCGGACGCUUGCCACAUAAUUUGCAAACUGUCGUUGCGUCGCAGCCUAAGCUAUCAUUAGACGAUCUAGCCGAGUUAGCAGACCGCGUGCACGAAAUAGCUCCAGCAAUGCCGCAUCAACAAGUAGCUAUGGCUUCAACUUCCUUGCAACCAGCAUCAAUUUCAAACAUUGACAGCUUGCAGCAGGAAAUAUGUGCUUUAACUAGGGAAGUCGCUAAACUAACCUCUUAUGUCCACAGGCAGUCAAGGGCGCAUUCCAGAUCUAGGUCGCAGGAAAACCAUAAUCGCAAGCGUAGUCACUCGCGCAAUCGUCAGCCACCGCCUGACCAUCCUCAUUGCUGGUAUCAUUAUAACUUUGGUGCGAGAGCCAAGAAGUGUACAGAGCCAUGUGAGUUUAGAGCGGGAAACGACGGGGGCAGCCGGAAGUAGCGGCCAGCGACUGCCCAGCUCAAA